AUGGCAGACAAUGCGGAUCAGCAACAGACCACCAACACUGUAGAGGAGCCGCUGGAUCUCAUCAGGCUCAGUCUAGAUGAACGAAUUUAUGUAAAAAUGAGAAAUGACCGAGAACUGCGAGGAAGAUUGCAUGCUUACGAUCAGCAUUUAAAGAUGAUUUUGGGAGAUGUAGAAGAGACUGUGACAACUAUAGAAAUUGAUGAAGAAACUUAUGAGGAGAUCUAUAAAUCAACCAAGAGGAACAUUCCAGUGCUGUUUGUUUGAGGUGAUGGGGUUGUAUUAGUAGCCCCUCCACUGAGAGUUGGCUGAAACCAAGACCU